AUGUGGAAUUCAAGAUAUCAUGGGACUGAAAGCGACAUCGCGACAGCAACCACACAAGAGGAUGAACCAGAAGGAAAACCGUCAGAUGUAUCUGCAACACCAAAGUCAUCAAGAAGCAUUGAAGUAACAUGGAAGUUGCCACAUUGGGCCAAAUUCAACGGACCUUCAACUGGCUUUAGAAUUACAUACACUGAUGCACGAAGAAUCAAAAAGACAAAACUCGUUAGAAACGUCAGAAAAGCCUUCCUAUCCGACUUGAAAAAGUGGAUGAGAUACAGUAUAACUGUAUCAAUGUGGAAUUCAAAGUAUUAUGGCACUGAAAGCAACAUCGCAACGGCAACCACAAAAGAAGAUGAACCAGAAGGAAAACCAUCAGAUGUAUCUGCAACACCAAAGUCAUCAACAAGCAUUGAAGUAACAUGGAAGUUGCCACAUUGGGCCAAAUUCAACGGACCUUCAACUGGCUUUAGAAUUACAUACACUGAUGCACGAAGAAUCAAAAAGACAAAACUCGUUAGAAACGUCAGAAAAGCCUUCCUAUCCGACUUGAAAAAGUGGAUGAGAUACAGUAUAACUGUAUCAAUGUGGAAUUCAAAGUAUUAUGGCACUGAAAGCAACAUCGCAACGGCAACCACAAAAGAAGAUGAACCAGAAGGAAAACCAUCAGAUGUAUCUGCAACACCAAAGUCAUCAAGAAGCAUUGAAGUAGCAUGGAAGUUGUCACGUUGGGCAAAAUUCAACGGACCUUCAACUGGCUUUAGAAUUACAUACACUGAUGCACGAAGAAUCAAAAAGACAAAACUCGUGAGAAACGUCAGAAAAACAUUACUGACCAACUUGAACAAGUGGAUGACAUACAGUAUAACUGUAUCAAUGUGGAAUUCAAGAUAUUAUGGCACUGAAAGCAACAUCGCAACAGCAACCACAAAAGAGGAUGUACCAGAGGGAAGACCAUCAGGUGUAUCUGCAACACCAAAGUCAUCAACAAGCAUUGAAGUAACGUGGAAGCUAUCAUUGAUUGCAUUUUAUUAUGUUAUCAAAUUAGUGCCUGACAUCGCACCACAAGGCAUAGAAGUGACAGAGCAAAACAAAACAACGUUCAUUAUUGCUUGGCAGCCCUUGCCUAGAAACAAAGCUAAUGGAAACAUCAUAAAGUACAAGGUCGUCUGGGCCUUACGUCACAUUGGACGAGCUAAGAGAAUGGCAGUUGGUGACACUUUCACUGGAACAACAAAGGGAACCCAAUUUGUUUUGAACGGUCUAAGACUUUGUGCAAAGUAUGAAGUUCGUGUUGCGGCUGCAACGAAGAUUGGCUUAGGUCCAAAUGCUACUCAAGAUCUAACCACAUCAAGGCCAGGAGAACCGCAUCAUUUGAGGCCACUUACAAUAAGAAGAGCUUUUAUUAUUUUGAUAUGGGAGAAACCAAAGGGAAUUAAAGAAGAUGAAACAAAUUAUACGGUACAUUUCAAGGGUUCAAAGCCAUAUUGGUCUGAGUAUAGACCUCCACUCAAAACUAAAACCCAAGCUGGCAGGCAAACAACACUUAAGAUAGAUAACUUGCAGCCAGGGACACACUAUGAAUUCUGGGUAACAGCGUUGACAGUUUGUGGUGAAAGCAACAGGAGUUUAACAGUAACAGUGGAAACACAAGUGGAUAAGCCCCAUAUUGCACAGCAAGUAACUCCUUUGAUUCUGAAAGACAGUUCUAACGUUACAUUAUGGACAUUCAAACCACACAAUGGACCAAUUAGUUCGUACCACGUAAUUGUAGUCAGUGGCCGAAAUAAGAGUAUGACCGAAAUACCAGAAAACCUCAGUGACUACAAAAAGGCCAGCAGCAAUAACGAACUGUUCUACAUCACAGCCGAGCUAAAACCAGACCAAAUAAAGACUGCAGGAAUGUUUGUCAUCGGUGACAAUAGAAUGUAUGGAAUAUACAAAAACGUGCCUUUGGUAAAAGGUCAGGCUUACACCGUAGCUGAGAGAGCCAUCACAAAAUAUAACGGGGAAACCUACGCGAGUGACCCAGUCCAUAUUGCAACAAUCGAACUUACUGCAGAAUCAACAAAUCAUGCAGAACAGUCAAAGAGUACUCCUCCUAGUAGUGUGAUAAUAGGAGUCGUAGUAUCUCUACUUGUACUCGUGGUUAUACUGAGUCUGUUAGGAUUCAAAUACAAACGUAGCCGCAUUGCAAGGAACGACUGCUCGGAUAUCUCUCUGGAUGAUAUCGUUAAUGAUCCUGAUGGUAGCAGUUCAAAAUCAUCACGCAAAAACCCGAAAACUUACGUUGACGUUGACGUUGGUGUUAGUGGUUAUGUUGGUAACGCAUACAUCUUUAAUUUGAAAUGA